CCCAACAGUCAACCCCUGAAAAAGGCGGUCACAAAACCCCCAGGCGACGAAGAUGAUGGCACGUCGGGACCCCAAAUCUUGGGCCAAGAGACUGGUGAGAGCCCAGACCCUCCAGAAGCAGCGGAGGGCCCCAGUUGGGCCAAGGGCUCCCCCGCCCGAUGAAGAAGAUCCCAGGCUCAAGUGCAAAAACUGCGGGGCCUUUGGCCACACGGCCAGAAGUACCAGGUGCCCCAUGAAGUGCUGGAAGGCAGCCCUGGUUCCAGCGACCUUGGGGAAAAAGGAAGGGAAGGAAAACCUGAAACCAUGGAAGCCCCAGGUUGAAGCCAACCCGGGGCCCUUGAACAAGGAUAAGGGAGAGAAGGAAGAGAGACCAAGGCAACAAGACCCGCAGAGGAAGGCUCUCCUCCACAUAUUUUCUGGGAAACCUCCAGAGAAGCCGCUGCCGAAUCGAAAAGGAUCCACGGAAUCUUCUGAUUAUCUGAGGGUUGCAAGCGGGCCAAUGCCGGUCCACACAACCAGUAAGAGGCCGCGCCUGGGCCCUGUCCUCGCUGAUCGCUCAGCUACCGAAACGUCUGACAGGGGCUCCGUCUUGGCUUCGCCGUCUCCCCUCAGAAAAGCCAGUCUGAGCUCCUCCUCAAGUCUUGGACCAAAGGAAAGACAGACAGGGGCUGCGGCCGACAUCCCUCAGCCUGCAGUCAGGCAGCAGGGCCCCGAGCCUCUCCUCGUGGUGAAGCCGACACACAGCAGCCCUGAGGGUGGCUGCCGAGAAGUUCCCCAGGCUGCCUCCAAAACCCACGGCCUGCUCCAGGCCAUCAGACCCCAGGCACAGGACAAACGUCCUGCGGUGACCUCACAGCCCUGCCCGCCAGCCGCUACACACAGCUUGGGCCUAGGCUCCAAUCUCAGCUUCGGGCCAGGAGCCAAGAGACCUGCCCAGGCUCGGAUUCAGGCUUGCCUGAACUUCCCCAAGAAACCGAGACUGGGUCCCUUCCAGAUCCCCGAAAGCGCCAUCCAGGGAGGUGAGCUGGGGGCCCCGGAGAAUCUCCAACCUCCGCCAGCCGCAACCGAACUUGGACCAAGUACGUCGCCCCAGAUGGGCAGGAGGACACCCGCCCAGGUGCCCAGCGUCGACCGGCAGCCUCCGCACAGCAGACCUUGCCUGCCUACUGCCCAGGCCUGCACCAUGUCCCAUCACCCAGCGGCCAGCCAUGAUGGGGCCCAGCCUCUCACAGUGCUCUUCCGGAGACUGGAAAACGGACGCUGGAGCUCCAGCCUCCUGGCGGCCCCCUCAUUUCACUCUCCUGAGAAGCCGGGAGCCUUCCUCGCUCAGAGCCCUCAUGUGUCAGAGAAGUCUGAGGGUCCCCGUGUUCGUGUCCCACCGAGCGUCCUCUAUGAGGACCUUCAGGUUUCCUCCUCCUCAGAGGACAGCGAUUCUGACCUGGAGUGA